CUGGUCCAUCAGGACUUGGUUCCUGUGUGCAUUGUGAGAGCAGUUCAGCAGGGACGGAAAGCUUCAUGAUGUGGUUGGUGAGAUCUGCUGGAACUCAACCAAACUGAGCUGAUGUGGACCAUCAGAGGUUCUGCUGGUUCUUGAUGGGAUCAGCAGGAACAUUAAAUCUCUACAACUACUUAGAUCACCUGGUUCACUGCUCACAUGCAGAUAUCACUUCAUGGACCUUUACCUUCUGAUUGUCUCUGUGUGGACAGAUACAAUGUGAGCUCACUGUCUUCCAGGGAUCUACAGGAUCCAUUUUAAAAUCCUCUAUAACAUCCAGGAGAAGAUCCCACAUGGACACACCCACAUAUUUCAGACCUCCUCCAUGUCCACAUCACCUCAGAUCUAGUCAUCAGAACCUGAUGGAUGCCCGACACUGUCCUGAAGACCUGUGUGGACAGAGCCUUCACUUCCACUGUCCCCAAGCUCUGGGAAACUGUCUCCACCAGCAUCAGAUCUGCUGACAGUUUGGACUGUUUGAAGUCCAAGUUCAAUAUCAACUUUUUAAAAUGUCUACUGGUUUAUUCUGGUGUUUCUUUUCUUCAUCUUUGUAUUUCAUCUUCCUCUUUCUUAAGUCUUUGUAUUGUGUCUAUUUUUCUGCUUUAAGGGCUUUUAUUGUGAAACUUUUGCUGAUUUAAUCUGUUAACUGCUGGAUGAAUAUUUCUUGACUUCCUAAUUGUUGUUCCCAGUGGUCCAUCUGCCCAGCAGCAUCAAACACAGCUGGACUCCAUAUUUAUGCUGCUGGAGGACAACAUUGUUACUUUUGUGAAGAAAGAACUGAAGAAGAUCCAGAAAGUUCUGAGUCCAGAUUACAGUCAGAGAGAUGAUGAGGUGUUGGAAGAUAAUGAUGAAGAGCAGAGGAGGAGCAGCAGAGAGGCAGUGAUGAAGAUCACACUGAACUUCCUGAGGAGGAUGAAGCAGGAAAAGCUGGCUGACCAUCUGGAGAGCAGACACCUUGCUGCAGUUUGUCAACAUCAACUUAAAUCUGGUCUGAAGAAGUUCCAGUCUGUGUUUGAGGGAAUUGCUAAAGCAGGAAGUCCAACCCUUCUGAACCAGAUCUACACAGAGCUCUACAUCACAGAGGGAGGAACUGGAGAGGUCAAUGAUGAACAUGAGGUCAGACAGAUUGAAACAGCAUCCAGGAAACCACACAGACCAGAAACAACAGUCAGACAAGAAGACAUCUUUAAAGUCCCACAUGGAAGAGAUCAACCAAUCAGAACAGUGAUGACAAAGGGAGUGGCUGGCAUUGGGAAAACAGUCCUAACACAGAAGUUCACUCUGGACUGGGCUGAAGACAAAGCCCACCAGAACAUCCAGUUCAUAUUUCCAUUCACCUUCAGAGAGCUGAAUGUGCUGAAAGAGAAAAAGUUCAGCUUGGUGGAACUUGUUCAUCAUUUCUUUACUGAAACCAAAGAAAUCUGCAGCUUUGAACACUUCCAGGUUCUGUUCAUCUUUGAUGGCUUGGAUGAGAGUCGACUUCCACUGGACUUCCACAACAAGGAGAUCCUGACUGAUGCUACAGAGUCCACCUCAGUGGAUGUUCUGCUGACAAACCUCAUUAGGGGGAAACUGCUUCCCUCUGCUCUCCUCUGGAUAACCACACGACCUGCAGCAGCCAAUCAGAUCCCUCCUCAGUGUGUUGGCAUGGUGACAGAGGUCAGAGGGUUCAAUGACCCACAGAAGGAGAAGUACUUCAGGAAGAGAUUCAGAGAUGAGAAACAGGCCAGCAGGAUCAUCUCCCACAUGAAGACAUCACGAAGCCUCCACAUCAUGUGCCACAUCCCAGUCUUCUGCUGGAUCACUGCUACAGUUCUGGAGGAUGUGUUGGAGAGCAGAGAGGCAGGAGAGCUGCCCAGAACCCUGACUGAGAUGUACAUCCACUUCCUGGUGGUUCAGACCAAAGUGAAGAAGGUCAAGUAUGAUGGAGGAGCUGAAACAGAUCCACACUGGAGUCCAGAGAGUAGGAAGAUGAUCAAGUCUCUGGGAAAACUGGCUUUUGAUCAGCUGCAGAAAGGAAACCUGAUCUUCUAUGAAUCAGACCUGACAAGAGUGUGGCAUCGAUAUCAGAGCAGCCUCAGUGUACUCAGGAGUGUUCACACAGAUCUUUAAAGAGGAGAGAGGUCU